AUGGAAUCGUUCACACAAUCCACCACGCCUCUCCCAAAACUCCUCACCAUGCCCCCAGAGAUUCUCUUCGCCAUCCUAGACCUCACAGAAACAUUCCAAUCCAAGAUCAGUCUCGCCCGCACCUGCAUCCCCCUCUACAACACCCUCAUCACCGAAAUCUACAAACAAGCCUCCAAAUCUCCAUCCCUCGCCGGCGCACACAUCUACGAAGCCUGCCGCGACGGCAACAUCCUCACCCUCGAACGCAUCUUCCAAGCCGAAACCCACAGCAUCGACCACCGUGCCCAAGAGCGCUUCAAUAGACCUCUCUACACGGCUAUCCAGUUCUACCAGGUCAAUGUUGUGCAGUGGCUUCUUGCGCGCGGCGCAGAUCCGAACUAUUUGGCGGUUCAGUCGGUGCUCAUGCCUGGGCUACCUGAGUGGCGUAUUCCGAAGAAGUGGCAUGAGAUGGGAUUCGUGAUGCCGGGUCGUGAGGAGUGGUGGUGGGCGGGAAGGAUGAUCAUUCAACUGCUUCGUGAUGCGGGUGCUGAUGAGAAGUCGCUUUAUUUGGUACUUGAUAGAGAACAUCUGGAUUGGAUACAAUAUGGUUUGCAGUGUUGUCGUCUUCAUCCAGUUUGCUAG